AUGAGGUUCGUUAUUUCUUUCGCGCUGCUCGUAGCUGUGUCUGUGGUGACCGUCUCAGCGGAAGCAGGACGUUCGGCUUGUCGUGAGCUUGAGGAAAUCGGUCAAACUUACCCCCAUCACUUCGAUCCGGCCAAGUAUUGGUAUUGUGAAACUUUGAAUGAGCUCGCUGAGGAGAAGGACUGUUUGAAAGGCAUGGCCUAUAUGCAUCUGCUGAAAGAGUGCAUUCCCUGGGCCAACUGGCAAUGGAAACCUCUGCAAAAUCCACCAAGUGUAGCGUAAAGUGGCGGAAACGAAGGUCAAAAUGAAAAUUGUAAUGUAUGCCUGUUGUUGUAAGUUGUUGCAAAAAUAAAAUGAAAUCAAAAAUUCAAGUAAAA